CACCUCCAGAGAAGAAGACACAUGAGCAUCAUACCCCAAAAUACCCACCAUGGCUCCCAUGGCUCAUCUCACUGCUGCUCCUGUUGGUGUGCAUAGCGCUUGUCGUUACUCUCCUUGUUGUCAUUCGCUUCUCCCAUAACCAUGGAGAGAUGAAGGCCUUGAAACAGAAUGCUACAGAGUGGCUCUGUCUCUCAGCAAUACCACAGAGGAAAGAACAGGGCUGGAUGUGCUGCCCAAAGGAAUGGAAGUUCUUUCAAAAAAACUGCUACUACAUAUCAACAGAUUAUAUGUCCUGGAAUGACAGCAAGAAGAACUGCACUGGGAUGGGCUCCAACCUGGUGGUGAUCAAGACAGAAGCAGAGCAGGUUUUCCUCUCGACGUGGAUAAAAGAAAAUGUUAAAUAUGGAAAAAGAAACAAUUACUUCAUUGGUCUGAGUGCACAGAAGGUGGGCCAGUGGCACUGGGUGGACCAGACUCCCUUUAAUGUGACAGCUGCGUUCUGGAGGACUGGGGAACCAAGUAAUGUGAAGAACGAGAAGUGUGUUGUAAUCCAUUGGAAUGAAGCAGAACACUGGAAUUGGAACGAUAUACCAUGUGAUGUCAGAUCUUUUCGAAUUUGUGAGGCUGCAGCAGUAACUGUCUGA